AUGGCAUCACGGCAACGACCACCGCACGAGGAAGACGAAGUUAUGGCAGGAGGUCAGCCCUCACAGCAGCAGCAAAAACAAAAACAGACCCGCCGUCCAACAACAAGCAAGAUCUACCGCGUGAUGGACGACAUCAUGGCGCAGAACGUGAACGACGAGGCCUCGUACGCGCUUCCGAGCACGAGUGUUGCUGAGCAGGCGAGGCUCGAGCCGACGUUUACGGGGGAUGCGUAUUAUUAUUUGUUGAAUAGGAAGAAGGUCCGAUCUCUGAUUCAUGUCUGCAUCUUCACCAAACCCCACCGCCCCUCUUCCCGCAGCGAAGGCCACCGCAACCUGAACACCCUCCUCGACGACACAACCAACAUCUACGCAGUCGCCAGCCUCCACUUCCGCACCCGCAACCUCACCCUCUGGCUAACCCCCUCCCUCGACGACCAAAACACCACCUCCCUCUCCCGCGCCUUCACCUCUCCUUCCCCCCCUUCCACCUCCCUAACCCCACCCACCGGGCUCCUCGACGCCCGCCUCGCGGCUGGUCCGGCUUCUAGCCACGACGCUAAAGUCUCCUUCGGCGCCAAAAAGACGCGCGCUAUCCAGGACGUGGCGACGGGGUAUUGGAUCGAUCGCGGGUUCGAGUUCGUGAGUGUCGAGUGGCCGAGUUGGGAUGCGGAGACGGGAGGAGUGGAGGGGAUGGUUGUUACGGCGGUGAAGAUUCCGGAGGCGGGGGAGGUCGCGGGGGCGUUUUUGUUGGAGCAGGUUUUGGUGGCGCCGGUGGAGGGUGAGGGGUUGAUGAGGUGGUUUGAGGGGGCGGAGGAGGUGGUUGUACCUAGGAAGAGGAGGGGAGGGGGAGCCGGGAGGAAGGUUGUUAUUGCGCCGCGGGUGAAGGGGAAGGAGAUGGAGAUGGGUGGGAAGGGGGGUGGUGGGGAAGACGUUGUGAGGGAGGGUUUGGAUGAGAGCUUGAGUUUGGAGGAGAGGGGUUCGUUGGGCGAGGUGGAGGGGAAGGGUAAAGGGAAGGAGAAGGAGAAGAUGGAGGUAGCUGACGUCCAUGAGGUUAUGGAUCUAGACGGGUAUAAGGAGGUGUUGAAGCCGGCUGAAGCGAAAGAGAAAGGCAAGGAAGUGGGUGUCAUGGAGAUCAUGGAUCUAGAUGACAUUAGUGACGCUGAGACAAUCAAGGACUGAAGGGAGGAUUGCGAAGGAUGUACAACACUUGUAAUUAUAUCGAGACGCGAUGCAUGAGCAUACAGGACUUCCUGGGCGUUGAUUGAGGGUUGGGAAGCGAGCAUUGGGAUAUGGAGUAGAUGCAUAGCAAGGCAGG